UCGUUUCGCCAUCGUCGCCUUUUUAGUGUGCUUCGCUUCUCUCUCUCUCUCUUCAAGAACGAACGAACCCUCCUCUCUCUCUCUCUUUCUCUCUCUCCACUCCCCGCGAGAUCGGAUCGAGCGAGAGAGGCGAAAGGGGCGAGAGGGGCCUCCGAGGGCGCCUCUCUCUCUCUCUCUCUCUCUCUCUCUCUCGCGUGCGCGCCCUCGCGAUCGAAUACCCCCUUCGUUGAUGCGAUUGCGAGGGAGAUUUUGGGGGCUUGGGGCGGAUUCGGGGGAUAUCGGUGUAGGGAUCAUCGGGUCUAGGUUCUAUGAGCAAUUGUUCAUCUGAGUGGUCUACGAUUGUUCUUCUUUGAGGCCUAUCUGGCCAUGAAGAAGGAGAAUCCAGUGAUCCCUGGCUAUCAUCUGGCUGUUGGACGAAUUACCCGAGCUCGAGCUGCUGCCAACCAUGCAAAUGGUGCUUCUCUUCAGUUGGUACCACCACUUCGUAAGCCAGAUCGAAAGCAGACACAGCAAGGAGGUUCAAAGAGGGCAGCUUCAGAUGAGAAUAGUCAGGCUGCUUUGCUCACUGUAGCUACUAAGAAUAAAAAGCGGGCAGUGCUCAAUGAUGUUACUAAUGUCUGCUGUGAGAAUUCAUAUAGACGCUGCAUUCCCGUGGCAAAAGCUCAGUCCAAGGCCUCCCAACAAGUUAAAGUAGUAGGUACUAGCAAAGGAAAAUGUUCCAAGAAGGAUUUUAAGUUAGCUGCCCCUAUCACUUCUGGAAGCACAUUGGUUUGUGAUGUCACAAGUAGUAAGAACAUUGAGGGAGUUCAGGAAGUAGCAGCGUUGGAGUCAAAGGAACCUGUUACCUUAGUGAAAGUGGAAGAAAACUUCACUGAAAGUGGAAGGGACCUGGAGUGCGUCAAGGACGGGCAGAGCAUACAUUACACAGAUUACGUCAAAGAAACUAACUUCAGAGAUGAGCUCCAACUUGCAAAUGAUUCAAAGGAAGGGGAUUCAGCUAUCAUGGGCAUUGUAGAUAUUGAUAAUGACAAAGCCAAUCCUCAAAUGUGCAGCCUUUAUGCAUCGGAGAUAUAUACAAAUCUGUGUGCUGCAGAGCUUGUUAGAAGACCCUGCUCCAAUUUUAUGGAAGCAUUGCAGCGAGAUAUCACCCAGAGCAUGCGGAGUAUUCUAAUUGAUUGGCUUGUGGAGGUUUCGGAGGAAUAUAAACUUGUUCCAGAUACACUCUAUCUUACAGUUUACAUCAUUGACCGGUUUCUCUCUCAAAAUUAUAUCGAAAGGCAGAGGUUGCAGCUUCUUGGCAUUACUUGCAUGCUAAUUGCCUCAAAAUAUGAAGAGAUCUGUGCUCCUCGUGUGGAAGAGUUUUGCUUUAUCACUGACAAUACAUAUAGUAAAGCUGAGGUGCUGAAGAUGGAGACUCAGGUGCUCAGAUAUCUAGGUUAUCAUCUUUCAGUACCCACCAUAAAAACAUUUCUCAGGAGAUUUCUUCGAGCAGCACAAGCUUCGUACAAGGCGUCUUCUCUAUCUUUGGGAUACUUGGCAAACUAUCUAGCAGAGCUGACUCUGAUUGAAUAUAGUUUCCUCAAGUUUCUUCCUUCAGCAGUUGCAGCAUCUGCCAUCUUUCUUGCUCGGUGGACGCUGGAUCAAUCCGACCAUCCAUGGAAUCGAACACUGGAGCAUUAUACCUCUUACAGGAAUAUGGAUCUUAAAGCGACAGUUCUUGCUUUGCAUGAGUUGCAGCUGAACUCCAAAAACUGCCCCCUCAAUUCUAUACGCGAGAAAUAUAGGCAACAAAAGUUCGAGUCUGUGGCAACAUUAACAUCUCCGAAGCUGCUACCAUCUCUCUUCUGCUAACAAAUGGGGUUUUCUUUCCAUCCUCCAAUUUGGCUGCCCACAUCUGGUGAUUGGCCGUACAUUGUACUCACUUCUUUCUUUCUACAUUUCCAGCAUAAAUUGCUACUCCACUGUUUAUCUGUGUCGCUGUUUCCUUCUCCCUUUAAUCAUCAUUUAUCAGUUUGUGUGCGCGCGCGCGGGGUAUAUGCCUUUCUUCUUCCUUUUUUUUUUCCUCGUUAAAUUGUGGCUCUGUUAUUUACAAGCCUUUCUUCUGUAACGUAAGCUUUUUAUGAGAGAGAUGUGAUUGGCUAACCCUUUGUUUCGAGCUUUGAUUGUCGGAUGUAAAGCGAUUGUCUGUACGCCUAUUGAUAUUUGUAUCUGUAAGAUCAAAAUUUGUAACUAUGGAACACAGAUUUUUUUUCCUCA